CGGGUCAUCUGGCGUAGGAUCGUCUGGCUCGACAGCGGGCAUCGGGUCACCAGGCAUGACAGCGGGCACUGGGUCAUCAGGCAUUGGAUCGUCUGACUCGACAGCGGGCAUCGGGUCACCAGGCUCAGGUCAUUUGGCUCGACAGCGGGCACCGCGUCAUCUGGCAAGGCAGUGGGCACCGAGUCACCAGGCACGACAGUGGGCUCUGAGUCAAUUGGCACGACAGCGGGCACCGGGUCAUCAGGUACCGGAUCGUCAGGCUCGACAGCAGGCACCGGGUCAUCUGGCGCUGGAUUGUCUGGCUCGACAGCGGGCAUGGGGUCACUAGGCAUGACAGCGGGCACUGGGUCAUCAGGCAUUGGAUCGUCUGGCUCGACAGCGGGCAUUGGGUCACCAGGUAUGACAGCGGGCACUGGGUCAUCAGGCGUGAUAGGAUCAUCAGGCUGGAUCAGCUGGGUAGAGACAUCAGGCUGAAGUGCGGGUGCCGAGGCACC